GAAAAUAAUUUUAAAGCUGUUCUUGAAACUAUUCGUGAUUUAAUGCAAAGCGAAUUAGUUGUUCCGGAUUGGUUGGAUAAUAUAUUUUUAGGUUACGGUCAUCCAGGUAGUGCUCAUUACACUAUGAUGCCAAAUCUACCAAAAGAAAUUGAUUUCCGUGAUACUUUCUUGGAUUAUGAUCAUUUGAUUGAAAGUUUUCCAGGAAUGAAAAUUGUGCCUGCAGAUGGAUACAAAGAACCUAUACCACCACCUUAUGUACUUCAAUUUCCUGAACCUCAAAAUAAUGUAAAAUCUUUAAAGAGAAAAGAUGCUGAUAGUGUAAAAGAUUCUUCAAAUCAAAAUCAAAUAACUGUAAAAACUUACAGUUUGCCAAAUAUGGGACCUUAUCCAUUUAAUCAACCAAAAAAAAAUUUAAUCAGAUUUACUCCUGCACAAGUGGAGGCCAUAAAGGCAGGUACAAAUCCAGGUCUUACAUUAGUAGUUGGACCUCCGGGUACUGGUAAAACUGAUGUGACAGUUCAGAUUAUAGCAAAUCUAUAUCAUAACUUUCCUGAUCAGCAUACAUUAUUGGUCACUCAUAGUAAUAGUGACAUAGAUAACAUUAAUUAUGAUGAAGAAAAUGGUCCAGCUUUAUAUGGUGAAUAUAGAAACUGGACUAGUGAAGAAAUAACAAUCUUCUUGAAAUACAAUUUAGAAUUGUGCUGA